GCCUCCUGGUGGCUGAAAUUGACACUGUUCUGUUUGGGCUAAGGCUUACACGCACACUAUGGGAAUGAUACAGCUGAACUGCUGGAGCGCGUAAACGCAGGCUUUCUCUUCAGACGAUUUACUCCAUGUCCUAGUUAUGAGGGUUUGCCUUUUACCGUAAACUCGUUUUUGUAACUGAGGGGCAGUAAAUACACACGGAGAGUUGGGAAGGCGGUCAGCUUGACAACACGGUUCAGCGUGUGGGAAUGGCAGCUCCACGGCCGAUAAAAGGUAUCCUAAAAAACAAAAACACCGGGACCAACGUCCAGACGUUGUCCACUGACGCUCCAGGAGACGUCGACGAACAAGUACCUGGACUCACCGAGGAUGAUCAGCAAAAAAAAUCUACAAAAUGGGAUGAGAUGAACAUACUAGCCACAUAUCAUCCAGCAGACAAAGACUAUGGCCUGAUGAAAAUUGAUGAACCAAGCACUCCCUAUAACAGAAUGGUUGGGGAUGAUGAUGAUGAAGGGGUGCUAAGUGAUUCAGACGGUCAAAGCGCCCUCACAGCGGAUGACCUUGCUUCAAAACUGAUUGCUGCUGAAGGUUCUGAGCCCAGGUUCAUGAAGGAGGAAGAGGAGGAGGAGAGCAGUGAAGAAGAGGAAGAAGAACUGACCCCUGAAGAACAAGCAAAAAAGAAACAGUUUCAGAUGAUGAGGAAGAUGCACUACAAUGAGGGACUUAACAUCAAACUGGCCCGUCAGCUCAUCGCCAGUGAACUUGAAGAAGAUGAUGAUGAUGAUGAUGAUGAUGAUGAUGAUGAUGAAGAUGAGGAGAUGAGAGAUGAUACAGAGGAGGCUCGAGAGGAUGCAGAGGAAACAGAGGAGAUCAGUGUUGACCCUCCUCAGGAAGUUGAAUCUCUGGACUCAUAAGUGAGGCUUUUGACCGUUUGCCCAGUGUUUCAACUCCAAAUCCAGUCGAGACGGACAAUGCUUCUACCUAAACCACCCAUCUAUCAAUGGAAAACCGUUUUCAAAUUUGUGCAAUGCAAGAUUUCAAAUCACAGGCUUCACAUUUCCCGAGUCACUAAAUAUCAAGGUGAACAUGGGCUUUUACCCCUUAAGCCAAGACUCUCCUUCUCUAUCCUCUACAGUGGAGCUACAGUCAUGAAUGCACUCACCUAAAGGAAGGAGCAACACUUUAAAGCUUUUAGACUCUCGGAUGUGGACAGUGUGCAGGAGUCAAUUCUUCAAAAGCCUACUUUGAAAUCCGGGGAAACUCCACUGCCUCGUUAAGGCCUUUUCUGAAAAUACUACACUGGCUUUCUGUAUAGAUAGUAAUUUUGAUUUUGAUUUUGAACCUUGUUUUUCUGCCUUCUCCAUUGUACCUCUUGACCUUAAUUUAGUCUGUCCUGUGCCAUCAAUUAAUUUCGUCUGAGUCUGUUGUUAAGACAGUAAAAGUAUGUUAUAUUUUUAGUUUUUUUUUUCUCAAACUAAAAUAACAGUUAUGGAUUAUAAAUGCCCCAGUUUAUAAUAACAUGCAUAUCUCAAUUUCUGACAAACCUCAUUUGUAUUUCCAGAUGGUAAUAAAAAUGUGUUGAAACCAUUAAGAUUAAUAUUGAUAAAGCAUGUGCUACUGAUUUGAGGCCUUUGUUGAAAUACAGAACAAUUUUACAGGCACAUAAAACACACCAAUGCUUUUUUGAAAUAAUUACUCUUGAGUUAAUGUAAAACUGCCAAUAUUUUUUGUUCCUCAUUGUUCUACUUUUUAUAUUUCUUUUUGAUUCUAGUCUUGCAUGAAACAGCUUGAAAAUUUUACAUUUUUAGCUACUGAUAAGAAGGCGCAGCAUGACGUUAUUGUUUGCAAACCAAACUGCUGACUAAAGGUUACAAGGCCAGGUUAAUAUGAAAAGUUGGCUAUUAACAUGUCUUAGUUAAAAAAAAUGUGCUUCAGUUAGGUUCUAUUGUUAUAUAAUUAUUUACAGACUUAUUGUUUUGUUUGAGUAAUUACAUUCGCUUUCUUUUUUCCAUUUUGCUCUGGUUGGCUGUUAGUCUCGUUUUAGGGACAACAAACAACAGCAGGGGUUUUCUAUAUACGCUCUCUAUGACCCCAUUAUUA